GUCCACUAGAUAUAAAUUAUGUACUUCUACUUCCUACAAGAAAAUGGACAGCGCCUUAAACUAACAUUGAAUACUGCUCACACCCACCUUGAUCGCAAAAUCCCUCCAAUGACAACUAACUUCUGUCAGAUACAUACAUGUGCUGGUAUCGCUCUCGCUAUCGCAUCCGAGACUGUACCUAAACCUUAUGAUCGGCAAACUUGCCGUUAUUCAUUGGGAAUGGGAAGACCCGACGCCUUGGCUCGCAGAUUUGAUUCAGGUCCUAGCCCCGUUCCUAUAACUUGUCAAUUAAAUAUAAAAGACUGACUUGAUCCCAUCCACUUUGCUCUUCCUAACUUUUUUUAUCACAGUUUUCCAAGUACCUGGUUAUCCGCAUAGGUAUACGAGCUUAGCUGGCACUAGCCCCAAGAUGAAUCCUACGGUAGCCACACUUGUGGCAAACGGCAUUGUCGUGCCGCUCCGCAUGGAGUCGGCCCGUCAAAUCAGAAGUCCAUUGGGAUUUCAGGUCUUCCUGUCUCCAAUAAUCUUAUCGUGAUGCCUGCCUAGUCAAAGUAGCCUCAAAGUCCGGUACUGAAUCCGAACCCCAUACGACAAACUCAUCAUAGUGAACAAGCGAAUGCGCAAACCCGAGGCAAAAGACUUCACUUACUAGGAUUUAUCACCGUUUGGAUACUGUGAGAGUUAUCGCAGUAUUCGUAGGCCGUUCGGAUUAGCCCCUCAGCGUUAUCAGACGUCAUUGUACUAUCGGCAUGAACGAUAGCAACAUGCAAGACCACCGCCCACGCGGUCCUCGCUUAUAUCAUAAAAAAUCUCGUACUGGUUGUUUACGAUGUAAACAGAGACGAGUCAAGUGUGAUGAACUUCGCCCGAGCUGCGGUUCGUGCUCAAGACAUGCAGUUGAGUGUGUGUAUUCGAAUUCGGGCCAAAUACCUGCUGGAAAAGUGGCGCAAGCCACUCAACAGACCCUUUCCCCUUCGGGUUCGAUGUUGGUACCCCCAACGGAUGAUGGUUCACACUCAGGCUCCAUUCCGGGCAGGCUAGGUUCUAUCAGCGCUGAAAGUAAAUCAGCAUACUCACCACAGAGCUCGGCUUUUUAUCCCUCUCCAAGCUCAUCCCAGCCAACACCCGACGAUGGCGCCGACGGCGACAUCAGCAUGCCCGAGGGGCCUUGGCGACGACAUUGGGAACUACGUUUGAUACACAACUACCACCAAAACAUGGCGCAACCCUUUCCCGUACCACAAAAUCCGGAAAUUGUUGCCCUGUGGAUACACGAGAUUCCAAACCUUGCAAUGCGAAUGGCGCAGCAACAUAACCGAUGCACUUUGCUUAACGUGAUGCUGGCCAAUUCGGCCCUGUAUAUGUAUACCCAGAGCACCGAUAAACAAGAGCGUGCCGAGCUUUCGAAACUACAAUCAACGUACCAGUACAUGUUCAGCCGAGAACAACGGCGCGACAUCGACGAGCUGACACAGGAUAUGACCCAGCACGGCGACUACGUAUGCUUCACAGCAAUCCGAAUCUUGGCUCAUUCUAUAGCCUUAGUUCAGACUUUGACGGUAGAUCCAUGGGAACCACCGGUUCAAUGGCUGUACAUGGGUCGUGGCGCCGGCGAAAUAUUGGGCAUGGCACGGAAAUUGGUCCAACCUGGGGGCGGUCGCAAAAUUGCCAUGUUCGCCAGAAGCCCGCCGGAUAUGAGCGAUCCAGACCAACUUAUCUACCACGACCAUAGUGCGCUCGACUGGCUUUUAGAGCAUCCUGCUGGUGCUGGAUCAAUCGCGGAGCAGGAAGACCGGGAAUUAGAUGAGGAGAAUGUGAAGUCGGUAUACGACAAGGCCUUGUCGUUUACUUGUAGCGUGCAGGAAGCAAUUGAUAAUGGUGAACCGGAUUAUGCUAUUGUGAGGAGGUUUGGUGGUUUCGCGAUCUGGGUGCCGAUCGAAUUUACUAGAUUUGUUGAAGAAAGAAGACCGAGGGCUAUGGUGGUUUUGGCGCAUUUUAUGGCUUUGUGGCUGAACUAUGACCACGUUUGGAUGAUCGGUCGAGCGGGAGAGAUGCAGAUUAGGGGGAUCUAUAAAGUGCUGCCUCUAGAGUGGAGUUACAAGCUUGAUGGCUUGUUUGCAAGAUUUAAACAACCAGAGGCAGGUAAGUAAUGGUAAUGUUAUUAUGAUCAUAGGACGGAACGGAUUUGCUAUAAUGAAAUUUUGGUCGAAUAUUGUAUAUCCCUUAGGCGUUGGACAUAAUGGUUUUAGGUACAUAUAUCUGCCAACUCAUCAAGUGUGUUGCCUUUAUCAUAAUACACUACUUCAAAACAGG